UUCGCCAUGAGGUUGCUGCUACUGUUUCUAGCCGUUCUUUUAUUGGCCUCUCUACAGGUUCUGAUGGGACAACGUGACAAUAGGAUGCCGCGAAGUUUGAGAAGGAUGCAAAGAAGAUGCCAGAAAAUUUGUGAUAGUAAGGGCCCCCACAGCCAUUGUAUUUUUGUGGACUUGUGCUGGAAGGCGGUGGCCGCAUGCGAAGUGGCCACGAUUGCAUGUUACGCUAAACUGUAUAAGGAGCCAGGUAUACAAAGUCAACAUUUUAUUGUCGGAAAGUGCACAAAAGGCCUUAAAAAAUGUGAAAUUACAGACGAUGACAAUUAAUACACUUAUUUUACUAUAGUACUUUUGCUAUGCAGUCGUAAAAUUUAAAGCAAAAAUAAAUAAAACCGAUCCACGU